GUGGAGUGCGACUAAAAACUAAGGAAACGGGAAAAAUGACUGUUUAUCGAUUACUUUUUAGUUUUGUUGUUUUAAUACAAACGUGUUUAUCAUCAAACGAAACCCACUACACAGCGGCCGUAAUUGAGUACAACUUUUCAAAUUUAAACUCAAACCAAAACCAAUCCUACGAAGAUAGCACCAACGAAAUAAUAAACGACUUCGUAAAUUUAAUCGCAUCGGAAACCGCAAAAUCCUUCGAUAUAAUCGUGCUUCCAGAAUCCGUAAUCACCACCGAUAUCAAUACUCGCCAAGAUUUAAUCGAUCUCUCCCCCCUAAUCGCAACAGGAAACAACCCGUGCAAUAACCCACAAUUAUUCCCGGAUUAUUACCGAACAUUAUCAUGUUCGGCUGCAAACUUUAACACUUACAUCGUUGCAAACGUCGUCGAAAAGUCUUUGUGCGAACGCGAACCUUGUGCUUCGGAUGGAUAUGAUUUAUACAAUACUAACGUGGUGUUCGAUCGAGCCGGAUUUGUAGCGGCUAGAUACAGGAAGUUCCAUCUUUUUGGGGAAUAUGAGAAAAAUGUUACGGAAGAAGUUGAUUUGACCACUUUUAAAACUGAUUUUGGGGUUAAUUUUGGAACUUUUAUUUGUUUUGAUAUUUUAUUCGAGGAGCCAAGUUUAUGGUUAACUAGAAAUGGGACGAAACAUUUGGCGUUUCCAUCGAUGUGGUUUUCAGAAGCUCCAUUUUUAACCGCAUUACAAGUUCAAAAUAUGUUCGCUGUGACUACUGACAGUGUUUUAUUAGCUUCCGGGGCGAAUUAUCCUGCAAUUGGUAGCGGAGGAUCAGGAUUUUACAUUGGUGUUGAAGGCCCCAAAAACAUCGGAAUCGUCUCCCAAGGUGGUACCAAAAUCUUCAUUGCCGACCUCCCUAAAGAUUUAAACAGAAAUUCCAAAAGAAACCUUCAAAACAAUCAAAGGAAAAAAUCCGUGGAGGAAAUCGAUCAAGUUGCAAAAAGCUUGGAUGAAUUUUAUUUAAAAAGGGAUCAAUUAGAUGUUUACACAACACAUUUAAUAACGGAAAACAUCAACUCAACGUAUUGCCACGAAGAUUUCUGUUGCAAAUUUGUUGUCGAGUUUACAAACACUCAGAAAUCUUUAAAAAGUUAUUAUUAUAGAAUAUUUAUUUAUUCCGGUGUUCGAACUUUCGGUGGAAUUUACGGUGGCGUUGAUGUUUGCGCUGUUAGUUUUUGUAAUGAUACUUCUUUGGAAUCUUGUGGAAGACGGAUUAUUCCGUAUGAAGAUAUCGAAUGGAACUUGAUUUUCGAAAAUAUUGAAAUAACCGGAAAUUUUGAUGAUUCGAAACGAAAACAACAAUACCCUAAUAGCUUAUUAAGCGAUUUAGAGCCAUUACAAGCAGCUGAAUAUGCUUGGGAAAGUGAUGAAUCAAACUUGUUGAGUAACGGAAAAAUCGAACGGAAAAUUAAAUUAUUGACUUCUCAAGAGCGAUUAUUGACGUUUGGUAUUUAUGGGCGGGAUUUUACUAGAGAUAGUUCCAUUUGAAGAUGGGUUACCAGCAAAUUAAGACUACUUAUAUUGUAAUGUUAUUGAAUUAAACAUAGUCGAUAUGAUUUUUUGAAAAUUUCGUCGUUUAGUUUCUUCUUUAAUAAUUUUUUUAUAUACAAAUUUCAAUAAUAUUAUCUAAUAGUUUUUAAAUCACAUCAUAAACUAGAAUCUUUAAGCGUCAACUUGAUACUUAUAUCAUUAGUGUCCGACCGAAACCUACAUUUUCCUCCGAAACCAAAAUUCGACUUUCUCCCAGAGUUUCAGAUUUUCCAACAAAUUCAGUUUUUCCAAAUUUUUAAAUAAAAUCAAAAGAAAUGUAAAUUCUUCAUAAUUUCGAUUUUGUAACACAUUAUCAUCGACUCUUUUUCUCGUCGAUGUUGUUAAUGAAAAAAUUAAACGACUUCUUCUAAAUAUUAUUGUUUAUUAAAAAAUUUUCUUAAUUACAAAUCAUUAUCAAUCUU